GCCGGCUCGCUCCAGUCCAGGGCCGCCCCCGCCCCCGCUCCGCCUCGACCCCGACUGCGCUGUGGCGGAGGAGGUGCACCACGACCCUCUGCACUCCGGCGAACAUGGCGCUGCGAUCGGCGCGGAGCGUGCGGGCGGCGGCCUGCAGCCUGCGCGCCGCCUCGGCGCCCGUCGCGCCCUGCGCGCCGCGGCCCUGGGGCCUGAGGGUGGGCGCCGUCCGGACGCUGCGCACCGGCCCCAACUUGCUCUCGGUGCGUAAAUUCACAGAGAAACAUGAAUGGAUAACAACAGAAAAUGGUAUUGGAACAGUGGGAAUCAGCAAUUUUGCACAGGAAGCUUUGGGAGAUGUUGUUUACUGUAGUUUGCCUGAAGUUGGGACAAAAUUGAACAAACAAGAUGAGUUUGGUGCUUUGGAAAGUGUGAAAGCUGCUAGUGAACUCUAUUCUCCUCUAUCAGGAGAAGUAACUGAAAUUAAUGAAGCUCUUGCAGAAAACCCAGGACUUGUCAACAAAUCUUGUUAUGAAGAUGGUUGGCUGAUCAAGAUGGCGCUCAGUAAUCCCUCAGAACUAGAGGGGCUGAUGAGUGAAGAAGCCUACGAGAAGUACAUAAAGUCUAUUGAGGAGUGAGAAUCGAACUCCCUGAAUAAAGCAGUGUGAAACAAUUUAAUCUAGCAUAGUUGUCUUAAAUUAGUGGUGGAUGGAAGAUUUCAAAUAGCAACCUUUAGUAACACUAAUGGAAAAGAAACUACAAUGUUUCUGGAAGAAAAUACCCUUUAACUUUCCAAUGAUUGCAGAUAAACACAAUAUACAUCUUCACAACACCCUAUGAUAUUUUUAGGCUAGGCUACAGUUACAAUGUUCAGAAUUCCUGAAAUUAUUUGAGGUAAAAUGCAGUUAUAAAAUUUACGUAAUUCAACAAUAACAUAACUUAAGCCUUAUAUAAUAUAACUUGCUUACACCCAUCUCAGGAUUUGGGUCAGAAUACUUAAUGAUCUUUACAUUUGAAAUAACUGACAGUGGAGAGAAGCUUUUGUUAGUUGUUACAGUGUCAGAUGAUGAACAAUUCUGUCUUAAUUUUGCAAUAUACUGCGUUUGCUGGUGCUAUUUUUAUACAGUGAAGCAACAGCCUUGCAGGAGAACAAAGUUUAAUAAUAAAACAUUCAAUUUCUUUAUUAAUCA